AUGCAGUGUGGUCCCUUCAUCCUCCUGUCUCUCAUUGUGGGCCUUUUCAUGCCCUGGCCUGAGCUGCUGGGCAUCUCUGCGUCAAAUACAGAUUCUUUACCUGAUAUAUGCAAACUCCCUAAGAAAUUAGGAAGAUGCGCAUCACUGUAUCGAUACUAUUUCUUCAAUAUUGAAACCAUGAAGUGUGACCAGUUGUCUUCUGCUGGCUGCAUACUCAAUGAAAAUAACUUUAUGACUCAAGCUGCUUGCGUUUUUGAAUGCGAACGCUUUGAUUCUCUACCUGAUAAAUGCAAACUCCCUCCGAAAGUAGGAAGAUGCAGAGGAAGUUUUCUACGUUUUUCCUUCAAUACUGAAACCCUGAAGUGUGAGGAGUUCAUUUUCGGUGGCUGUGGACAAAAUGAAAAUAACUUUCUGAAUGAAACUGAAUGCUAUCAGGAAUGUGGACGCUUUGGUAAGAACAAAUAUUCUCUACCUGAUAAAUGCAAACUCCCUCUGAAAGUAGGAAGAUGCAAAGGAAGUUUUCCACGUUUUUCCUUCAAUAAUGAAACCCUGAAGUGUGAGGAGUUCUUUUUCGGUGGCUGUGGAGCAAAUGAAAAUAACUUUCUGAAUGAAACUGAAUGCUAUCAGGAAUGUGGACGCUUUGUCCGUAGGACUGGGCAAAUGGCUAACGGAUUCUUGUUGUCAGAUGAGCCGCACCAAUUCCGGGGAGAGGACAUGAGACUCCUGCAGAUGAUCUAA